AUGAAUCUUUCUCGGCUCCCUCUUCCUCUUCUUUAUAUACGACUGACGUUGGAUCGAUCUCAUCGCAUGCACAUCCCUGCGUACGACCUGCGCAUCCACUAUCGCGAUUUUGCCUAUCAAAACAGUCGACGUCUUCGCAUGGCCAAUCCUAACAUUAGCGAAGCCACGGCCAAGACCUUUGCUGAACUUCUCUCCGGUCCGAUCGUCGACAUCCACGUCGGUUCCGACGAAAACAAACGGUCCUGGUCGCUGCAUCGCAACCUCCUUUGCCAUCACAGUGACUACUUUGCCGAAGUUUUUCCCGAAGAUGCGAAGAAAAAGUCUGGCCACCAACUCGAUUUACCUGAAGACGAUCCUGGCGGGUUCGAGUUACUUGUGAAGUGGCUCUACCAAGGCCGCAUUGACGAUGUAUCAGACAUGCCGGUUGAGCGCAAAUGGGAUUACGCGACAGCAUGUCAGAAGCUGUAUGUGCUGUGUGAGAGGUUCAAUAUUUCGCAGCUCAAGAAUGUUGCCAUGGAUCAAUAUCGGAAAGGUAUUCAUCAAGCCGGCUUGGUUCCAGAUCCUGAGGAGAUCAAGCCAAUCUAUGAUAAAGCCGCUCCUGGCUCACCAUUCCGAAAACUAGUCAUUCGCAUUGCUGCGAGACAGAUUAUGGACCCUGACCAGGACAAAGACGCUCAGUCGUACCGGAGCUGUUUCGAAGGGAAUCCAGAUUUUGCCGUCGAUUUGGUAAAUGCGAUUCGAGAAGGGGCGGGCGGUAAAUUAUUCGCAGAUCCGACUGAGGACGGCGAUUGCGAGUACCAUGAGCAUGAGAAUGGCGCGUCAUGUGAGAGUAAGGAGACGCAGGUGAACGGCAUUGUGAGAGGCAGAGGUCCCAAAGGCAAGGACAAGGGAAAGCAAAGGGCCAGCGAUGCAAACAUAUUGAGCGACGCGACGGAAUAG